AUGGGAACCACCAAAGAACUUCAAGUCAACGCCAUCUCACCCACGGAGUCCUUAUCGGAGAAUGAAACCGCUUCCGUCAACGAUGCCCGGCUUCGUUCCGCCUACAAGAAAUCCGACCUCAGGUUACUGUACUGGUACAGUUUCGUUUACCUUUGGAUGCGAAUACACGCCUCGAACAUCACAAACACCGCUAUCAUCAACAUCGAAACCGGUGAUGGGAUUAAGACGCAACUCGGAAAUUUGACUUCGGGACAAUGGGCCUGGUGUCUUGCGAUUUUCUAUUAUCCUUAUGCGGCGUUUGAGCCGGCUUCGACGUUGUUGUUGAAGAGGUUUUCGCCGAGGGUGUGGAUGAGUCGGAUCAUGAUCACAUGGGGUAUCGUAUCAAUGUGUCAAGCCGCAACACAAAAUUACUCUGGACUAUUAGCCACCAGAUUCUUCCUCGGACUGGCAGAAGCCGGAUAUUAUCCUGGAGUCUUAUACCAUUUGACAUUCUGGUAUCCUGCGAAAGAUACUGCGUUGCGUAUUGCGUUCUUCUACGCUUGUGGUCAGUUCUCCGGAACGAUCAGUGGGCUCCUCGCUUUCGCGAUCUCUUACAUGAACGGCGUCGGUGGUGUUGCAGGUUGGCGAUGGGUCUUUAUCCUCGAAGGUAUCCCAGCUGUCUUGAUGGGUAUUAUCACAUGGUUCACACUCCCAAACUACCCAGAAGACUCAGCUUGGCUGACGGAAGAGGAGAAGCGAGCGGUCAUUGACAACCGACCGAAGACUCAGCCGAGUGCGAACGCGAAGACCUGGAGCUCGUCGGAGGUCAAGGAGAUCUUCAAAGACUCCAGAAACUACACUUACACAUUUCUCUGGAUCUGCCAUGCGAUUGGAGGUUGGGGUAUCGCGAAAGUGUUGCCGACUGUGAUUUAUGAACUUGGGCUUUCUGGAUCUGCGGUUACGCAGUUGUUGACAAUGCCGUGCUACACCCUCGGCUUCAUCGUCUUGAACGGAUUCGGCUGGCUCAUCCAUCGAGGCUACGUCAGUUCCUGGCUGACAGUAAUCGGCAUGGAGAUAGUCUGCGUGGCCUGCUACAUCGCUCUGAUCCUUGUUCGAGGCGCAGUAAGUCGCUACAUGCUAGUUACCAUAGCAAUUGCGUCCUCGAUGGGCGUAUUGCCGAUUUUGUGGCCAGAGCGAAUUCGAGCUGCGCGAGGUACGACCACAGCUGGUCUGAUGAUUGGCUUUACCAACGCUUCGGCGCAGUUGACGGGUAUCGUGGGGCCGAUGAUCUAUCAAGACAAGUUUGGUCCGCGGUAUACUGUGAGCUAUUCUGUUAGUAUCGCGUUGAUUGCUGCUGCGAUUGUUGGUGUUGUGGUGACUUGGUGGUUGAUAUGGAAGCGUGAUCAGCGGGAGGCAAAGGAGGCGGAGAAUGCAGAGUUGAGCAGUGCUCAGCAGAGCCAGGACGAGAAAAGCUGA